GGCACGCAGGAAUGUCCGUCAGCCCAACACAAACUGACUGGCAAAUAUAAAAUGGAGGCGGCGAUUUCAGGGUGUGGAAACGUCCACCCACCUGUGUGGGCGGCAAAGCGGCGUAUUCACUGACUGCGACUUGAGUUUGUCGAGCAUCUUGUCCAUCAACACACCCACGUGAACGGGACAGCCCGGACUAUGAGGGUCAGGCCGCCGGCUCUUGUCGAUCAUGUCGGUCACCUCCCGCUCAAUGACCGGCUUGCCGCCCUUGGUGCGGGGCCACAUGGCCAACGAGAUGUCCCGCAGCACCGUCACACCAUCGUACGUGCCGCCUGGACUGCUCAACGGACUGAGUCGCACCACGUUGGGGGCCUGCUUCGCCUUGGUACGGGGAGCCAGCUGCGAGUUGAGGGCGCCCUUCGAUCUCACACAUGGUUUUGAACCGGUUCGCCGCCCUGACACAUUAUCCAUGGGACACGGAGAGGCGCAGCCAGACAGACAGACAGACAGACAGCCAGACAGACAGAGAUGGAUGACCGGACCAGGUAAGUAAGAGGCACGUGUCGUGCUUGUGAAUAUUCACUCACAUCAGCUGCUGCCUCAGCACAACACACCUGGGGCACAUCUGAGGCCAGCCGACCAGAAAGUAGCACGCACACACCACACCACACACAACCAGGCUGAUCUGGUAUUGUUUCCGCGUGUACCUCGCCGAUAGGGGCGUUGCCGACCCUCCUCCUCUCGCGCACUGCUGGGGGCCUCGUGGCUGUUGUGGUGGGGGCCGGACAUGGCAGUGCCGGAGGGAAUGCAGCACCUGAUGUGCAGUGCACAUGGCUGGAUGGGUGGCUGGAUGGGUGGCUGGAUGGGUGGCUGUGUGACUGACUGGGUGUGUGGUAUCCUUUCUCACCGUUGCAGGAAGGUGGUGGUAAACGGAUCGGUAGGGCCGACGGGAAGCGAAACUGACGAUACGUCGAAGCCACUGUACACACACGCACACCCAGAGACGUACACGGUGCGUGCGUGCGUGUGUGUGUGUGUGUGUGUUCUUGUAUCAGCCACUGACCGUCAUUUGUGGAGAGGAAGACGGUGUUGGAACUGCGGUCAACCACGGCCUCCACCGUCACCACGAGCCGGCUGCCGUCGUCCAAUAGCAACUUCGAGAAGACCAUGGUGGAGAAGCCCAUCACUGAACGCACCGCACACCAUACAGACGGCCAACUCAGUCAGUCAGAAGGGAGGGUGCGGUCGGUCGGUCGCUUGGAUGCAUCUCUCUCUCUCUCUCUCUCUCACCGACCGCAUCACAGUCGACAGAAUAGGAGGCGAAAGCCUGCACGCAACACAUGUAGGUAUUGUGACCCACCGGCAGGAUGGGAUGGAGGGCUGGGGAGCCAGCACACACACUGGAGCCAGCACACAGUGUGUGUGCUGUGCUGAGCGAGGUGAGCUGCUUACAGGGUGGUGAGCUUCACGCGUGCAAGAGGUGUCUUCAAGAGCGCGGCAAGUCCCUGAUUGCCGAACAUCAGCACGCCCGUCUGUUACUUAGGCACACACCGAGUCGCAGACACACCGAGCGCAUUGAUUGAGACAGAAAGGCACAUGAUACGUACAGCUAUGGGUUGUCCUCGUGUGGCGCACUCACCCGUAUGUCUGGCCGCCGAUAGACUCCCUUCGGCGGGGCAUCUGCCGUGGUCUCUCGAAAGCGCCGAAUGCAUCGACAGCCGAGUUCAUCAGGUGAGUGAAGCCGCUCCUCAGAAAGCCGAGAGCAGCAGGCAGCAUCACGCCGCCACCGCCACUGGAACUGACAUAAAUGCAGCAAGGGAAUGCAGGUGGACACAGGAAAGGCACAUGAACGCCAACCCCACGGUCCACAAUGAUGCCAAAUGAAUGCAGCUCAUUUCGUUUCGAGCGGUCCCUCUCUCUGUGCUCACUCACCCUUGGCUGAGCACCAUGCCGCUGAAACUCGUCGACUGGCACGCAUCACUCCAGAACUGCAGGUUGGCGUAGAGUGACUUGUACAGGGCCUUCUCACGGCCGAUCUCCAAUUCGGCCUUGCCUUAGGAUAGAGAGCAUCAACAGACAUACCAAUGGUCGUCCUCCUUCCCAGGCGAGGCCUGCGGGGAAGCGUCGUCAGCUCAACGACCUUCUUCCACAGAAAGCUGCAUGAACAAGUACACAAGCCAACAACACACCACACACAACACCAUACAGGCAUCAGACACGUGUGUUCUGGCGUUCUCAUAUUCUCCGUCAUCAGGCGUCGCGGAGAACGCCUUGACGAGGAACUUCACGAAGACUGUGCGGGGGUUGAGAAGCCCUUCGGCCAUCAUCA